CGUUUUCUUACCUCCCUUGAACUCACCACCUACAACAAGUUUGACAGCAGUUUCUUUUCUCGGCGUAGCAACACCCCGCUGGACUUUAUUUGCUCCUUUGGACAUAAUUUUUUUAUUGAGAUUUUAUAUUUUACUUCAUGGACGUGUCUCUGCUCUCAUGCUGGCUAUGAGGACGUGUAUGUGACCGUAGGUUUGGUCACUUCUCCCCCCCUUCUCUUGUUGUUGACUCAGGGUGGACCUCUUGAUACGUUGGUGUUGUUUUUCUCCUUGUCCAUCUGUGUUUAAAAAAGGGAGGAUUUAAAGAUGUCGAGGAGUGCGGAGGAGGUGAACAAGCUCACUGAAAGUACAUACAAGAAUGUGAUGGAACAGUUCAACCCAGGUCUCAGGAACCUGGUCAACCUGGGCAAGAACUACGAGAAAUCUGUAGCUGCAAUGGCCUUGGCAGGAAGAUUGUAUUUUGACGCCAUGGCUAAAAUUGGGGAGAAUGCAGCGGUGUCUCCUGUGUCCAGGGAAUUAGGGAUGGUGCUGAUGGGGAUCUCAGAAGUCCACAGAAAAGUUAUUUUUGAGUUGGAGGACAAUUUUAAAAGAUUCCACAGGGAGAUUAUAGGAGAGCUGGAGAGAAAAACCGACAUGGAUGUCAAAUACAUGACAGCCACAUUUAAGAGGUACCAGAUGGAGCACAAGAUGAAGCAAGACUCUUUGGAUAAAUCCCUUGCAGAACUGAAGAAGCUGAGGAGAAAGAGCCAAGGCAAGAAUGCCAACAAGUAUGAGAACAAAGAGAGCGAGUGCGUGGAGACGCUAACAAACCGCCAAAUGGACAUGCAGCUGUUCAUCGCGGACGGCUGCAAAGAGGCUCUGCUGGAGGAGAAAAGACGCUUCUGUUUCCUGGUGGACAAACACUGCAUGUUUUCCUAUCAGAUUGCAUCGUUUCAUGACAAGGCCAGAGACACUCUGAUGGCGAGGAUUAACAGCUGGCAGGACCAGUGCAACGAUGCCACAGACAUGCCUGAAAGCAUCUUGACCAUGAUCGAGGGACUCCGCACGCCCAUUUCCAUAACGCCGCUGCCCUCUCCCACCCCUUCGCGGCAUAGCUUGAACAUCAUGGCUCCUCCACCUGCUCCAUCUCAGAAGGCCCAUAUCAGCCCUCUGGUGAAUAUGUUCACUCCUGAGAACAAAACGACCGGCGUCAGCACGACUAGCAACAACAACACAGAGCAUGAGAGCAAUGGAGAGAACAAUCUGGCCAGGUCAGUGUCUGUGGCCACGGGCCUGAACAACGUCGUGAAGAGGCAGCGUGUGCGCACCAUCUUCCCCCACACGGCGGGCAACAACAACACCCUGCUCAGCUUUGACGAGGGUGACGUCAUCAUUCUGCUCAUACCGGAAGAGAAAGAUGGCUGGAUGUACGGCGAAAUGGAGAAGAAUGGAAAGAGGGGCUGGUUCCCUUCGUCAUACUGCCGUGCUUUCUCUGAGCCCCUUGUGAACAACAACGUCUCGGUUGCCCCGUACCGCAGCAGAAGCGUGGUCAACCUGCACCACCAGGACACGGAAACAGAUGAGGCGACCAUGAUCCUCCCCCCAGAGGAUUAUUGUGACAGCCCGCGGCGCGGCGGCGGCGUCAAGACCAACCCGCCCUCUACAACAACCAUCACAAACAGCAGCGUCAUCAGCAGCAAUAAUCACCACUCCCAGCAUUCCCCCACUCCCUCCGCCAUCUCCUCUUCCUCAUCGGAUCACCACACGACGAAUCAGCCUAACGGCAUCUCAAGACCCACACCUGCCUACCUGGCUGGGGGGAACCCGUUCUCCACAGUACGACUGCGCCCCACCGUCACCAACGACCGCUCAGCACCGGUUAUCUGAUCUCCGGUCCUGCCCGCACCGCUUCGUUGGUGUGAGCUGUCACAUGGAAGUAUUCACACCAUCCCUAAAUAUUUCUACGUGUUGUUUGUGCUGGUGAUCACUGAAAAUGGCCACAUUCCAAACAUCUUUGUUGUUAUGGUCACCUUCAGAGCAACUCUUGGGGUUUUUGUUGCCAUUCUCUGUGAUUCAUCCACAACGUUAGAUAGAGGCCCACUAAGGUUCACUUGUUAUUGACACUGUCUUUAAUGUGCAGUGGUACGCAAUGUGUGUUCUUGUCCAAACACACACACAACCUUUUAACAGUUUGUUUAGACGGAGAAGGACUUUGCCUUGAUGACUGUUUAAAAGUGAAUGUUGCAUGUGCAGCGACAUGAUCGUCAUUACAAUGAGGUUAGUGUUUUUAUUGUUUUUAUUUUUUUCUUGGAUGACACACUGUAGAAUUUCAUCAUGUAUGAAAAAUAAAGUUUUAUUUCUUCAA